AUGCUCUCCCGGCUUGGGGAAGGAGCUCUAGAAAAGCUACAGACAACAAAGAACAUCGCAAAACAGUGUCUAAACCGAGCCCUAGGCUACGCGGACAAAGAUACAGAAGAGAAAGACCCAAAGAAAGCUCCCGACAAGGCUGCAAAAGAGAAAGUGGAGCAGUCGAUGAUCUUCAAGCGCGACGCUGCCUACGAGGAAGAGCUCGAAACAGUCGAGGACGAAGAUGACGAGGACUUGGUCCUUAUAACGCAUCAGCCAUGCAGGGUCGAAAUCGAGAAGAAGCCAGCAUCACAACCAAAUAGGAAGCAGGAGAAGUUUCGGAACUUGGAACUUGGAGAGGAGAGGUUUGAGGAGGUUUCGUUGGAGUAA